CUGAAGCGGUCCGGGACUGCAGACACACGCAGCAGUGAUAAGAGCAGCAUGCAGACCAGAGAGCUAGUAACGGGUGCCUGCAGAGGUGAGGAAUGACAUCAUCCAGAUGAGAGGCAUGGAGCUAAAGGUAUGGGUGGAUGGAGUGCAGCGCAUCGUCUGCGGGGUCACAGAAGUCACUACGUGUCAAGAGGUUGUCAUCGCUUUGGCCCAAGCAAUAGGGCGGACUGGUCGCUACACACUGAUUGAAAAAUGGCGCGAGACUGAGAGGCACCUGGCGCCCCAUGAGAAUCCUGUAGUUUCUCUAAACAAGUGGGGCCAGUACGCUAGUGAUGUGCAGUUGGUGCUUCAACGUACAGGCCCAUCUCUGAGUGAGCGCCCCACAUCGGACACCUCUGCAAGAGCCCCUGAGCGCAGCUUAUACCGCCAAAGUCUCCCUCCCAUGGCAAAGCUCCGCCCCACUGCCCACGACCGUUCUCUCAAACGUCGUGAACCAAAACGCAAGUCCCUCACUUUCACCGGUGGUGCCAAAGGGUUACUUGACAUCUUUGGGAAGAAUCGUGAGGGUGAGACCAAGCAGAGAACAGUUAACACAAUACGAAGCAGCACUCCAGCCCCUACACAGGAACUGUCCCGCCUGGUGCAGUUGCAGAAGGACAAGUUGUGCAUCCUAGAGCAGAAACUGCAAUCCUGCGAGACUGAGUUACAGCAGCAAUUGACAAAUGAAGAAGAAGAGGAACUGAUCAAACUAGAGCAGCAAGUCCGAAGGAAUGAAGCGGAGAUGAAGGAGCAUGAAUUCUGGGAGAAUGAGCUGAAGAUUGAGCAGGACAAUGAAAGGCAACUUCGUGAGCAGCUGCAGGAGCUGCGCAGCCGUGUAAAGGAGUGCGAGGAGCAACUAGGAGAGUACCUGGCACGUAUUCAGUGCAUGGAAGCAGGGCUGGAGGCAGAGCGCCUGCAACAAGAGCUGAUGGAGACACGGCUAGCGGAUGAAAUGGAGGUCCGGUCGCGACUGGAUAAGGUUCGUGCCGAGCUGGACAUGCAAGUGCAUCAGGCUGCAAGACUGGAAAGCAGCUGCAGAGCUGUGGAGCUCUCACUUGGCCAGUCAAACAUUAGACUACAGGAGAGAGAACAGGAACUGGAACAGUUAACUAAGGAGCUGAGGCAGGUGAACCUUCAACAGUUUAUCCAACAGACUGGCACCAAAGUAACAGUUCUACCAGCAGACCCUGGUGAGGAGGAAGCUAACACGGACUCAGAAAAUCAGUCAGGAUCUCUGAAGCGGCUUGGAUCAGCUCGACAACUUCCUGCUGACCUACGAGCUCUGCAGAGCCCACUGAACACGACCUUUAAUCCAGAAGGCAUCUACGUCUGAUUUUGCACCUGGCAUCAACAUUUAAACAAAUUCUGCACUUCCUAAAUGACUCCAUAUCACCAUGAAGAGAUCCUUUGGAAAGAUCAUACUUCCUGGAAUUACAGUAGUGUAUGCUAUUUGCUUGUUUAAAGAUUCAUCAACAAGUAGCGAGUGUUUUUAACGGUGAAGAUUGCUUCCUCUUGAUGGCUGUUUGACUAAUCCAACCCAAUCAGUGCUUUCUCCAAAUCCUACAAAGACAUCUCCAGCUGAAUGUAUGCUCACUUUCACUGGACCCAAAGCGCAGUAAGGCUUUGAAUAUGUUUCGAACAUGGCAACUACUGAACUCGUACUGAAAGACAGACAGAAUACAUGCUGCCUCAGUCUACGCUCAAUCCAUCAGUCUUCUGGUGCAAGUUAGAAAAAUGCAGCAUCAUGAUGUCUUUCAUUUCUAGAAUGUUUCUGAAUCUCCAGGUAAACCUCAUACUCGAUGCGAUAAUGCAAGCAGCAGGAAAUUUAGGGAGAUGCAAAGAUAAAUUAUGCAGUUUAUAUUUUAUGGCUCAUCGUUGUGAUGAAAGCUCAAAGAAAAGGGGUGGUGUUUCGCCUUAGUUUGCACAUUAUUGGCCAAAACAUCUGCUGUGGAAUUUUACUGAAAUCUUAAAAGCUGAAGAAUCAUUUCCUGCGUUUGAUCACACUAAUCAGGAAAACAGGUGCAUGCAAUAUUUUAAAACCAUGUGAGAGAGAGAGUAAGAGAGGUGUUUUUGCAUGAAAGCAGCUUGUGGCAAGUGAAAUAUGUUAUCUUUUAAAAUGAAGCAAAGGAACCUUGUUUUGUGAUGAACAGCUUAAGUUUUAAAUAGAAUCCUUUUAAAUUAUGCAAGUACAUUUGUAGUUACUCACAAGUCGUAAUGAGUGGCUUAGAUCAAUGUGUUCUUCUUAAGCUUUCAAGUGGACCUUUUUGGCCAAUAAAUGCAUUUUAUUUCUGACACUGAAUAGUUUUAUUUUUUUAUUUAGCUGAUCUCACUAAAAUCCUUAUAUAGUUAUCUUUUCCCCCACAUACUAGCAAUUACCACACCAGUAGCAUAUAUUUGAAGAAAAUAUUUAGUGUUUUUACUAGUUUUUAGAAUUUUAUUUCUUAUCAAACCAAAGUGUUUUGGAAGUCAUUAAUAUCUGCAUGAAUGUAAAGGUUUGUAAUUGUGCAUAUGUGCAAAAGGAAGCAGCUCCAAAAUAUUUUGUUGAUGACAAUUUUUUUAGUUUAUUUUUAUUUUUUUUAUUGUAGUAGCACCUGCUUCCCUUAAAGCUAUAUUCAUACAGAUGCAGAAUGACAUUUAUUUUUACAUUUAAUAUGGCAAUAGGAAAUGAGCUGUUGGAAUUGUCUGUAAGGAAGUGCUCAUUUAGAUUUGCUGAGUAGCUUCUGGACUUGUUUUGACAUUUCUGUAAACUAAUUAAGCUUACAUAUAUAUAUAUAUAUAUAUAUAAUUUUUUUUUUUUUUUUUUUUUUCAGAAAACACUAGUUUGCCAAAAGCAAAAAUUUGAAUGUGAUGUGCUUGGAUGAGUGAAUCAUUUAAACAAAUAACAGGUUUGGUUUAAAGAUUUGCUAACACCAUCUAUACAUUAAAAGCAAAAACCCUCUGCUUCUACAUUUAUGGAGUACUUUAUUUUUGGAGAAGUCUUGUGUUUAUUUCACACAGAACUGUGGCUCAGAUGAUCUUCAAAAGAGCAUUUGGCUGACUUGAAGAACAAAACCAUCUCGGUGUGACAAGGGGAACGUUUCAGAAGCAUGCUUUACUCAAAGAAAAAAAGUGUAAAUAGCAACAUAUCAAUAAGUAGCAAAGAGGACUAUUUUUAACAGAUGAAAAAAAUCUCUAAACAGCUAAAUUGAACUAAAUAUGUUUAUUUUUUAGCAUUGUUAGGAUGCAUGCACUGACGUUCAGUUUUAAGCUUGUGUGUGAGGCCUGAGGAUCCACCUAUGGCACUUAAUACUCAACUGGCUGUAUUAAGGUGUAAUAUGAACUGCACUAAAUGCCUGUAUAAAUAUCUGUGCAGUCGUAACAGGCUUGAGGUAUGGGACUGAUGUUGUGCAUUAGAAAUUAACAGUUUGUAUUUUAUUGCCUGCUGCUAUGCACACAGGUGUGACUAAAACAUUAAGCUCAGCUGAAAGUUGUUAAGAUCUGACGGCAUAAUGGUUUGAUAUCUCUGGAUCCCAAGUUUUAACCUUUAAUGCAGUACCAAAAUCUCUUUGGCCAACAGACUUCUAUUUAGCUGUAUUUUUAACCAGUUGUGUUAUUUGAACUAUUUCCUCUUUGAAAAGUGUCAGAUGUCUGGAAAAUGAUUUAUGUUGACAUGUUUAUCGAGCAGCAUAAACUAUUUAUGGCAUAAGUGGAAAAGGUGCAUUAACACUGUAAAAAAUGAAAUAAAUUUGGAGUAGAGCA